CGGCUUCUAACAGCUGACCGUUGAGAGUUUUUUUUUCUAAUUGUUUAUAAAAACUCCGUGCGUUAUUGACCUUAACAGACUCCUUUGUAUCAGGGCUGGGGGAAGAUAUGACGCGGGAAGUUUGGGAAAGAGAUAUAUUUUGUACUGUUCUGCCAAAUUAACCGAACUAGCUGUUCUUGCUAACUCAGUUAUGCUUCUCCUCUCCUCUGACAUAUGGACACGCCGUCUUUGUUUCUUUUGUUCGUAUAAUUGGUAACGUAGGAAGUUUGGCUCUUUUGUUUAAGGUUUUUUCAGUGAUUGAUCUGUAGUAACCUCAGACAGCAGUCAUGGUGUUGAUCCUGGGACGACGUGUGAACCGUGAGGAUCCGGCAGUCGUACGCGACUUGCCUGCUGUCAAGCGCAAAGUCUUCGAGAUGGACCCCAAGAAUGUAGAUGACACCAUGGACUUCUCUUCAGGCUCGUCACACGCCGAGAGUGUGCUGCACGUCUUUGACGAGUUUCGCACAAAUCGGCUGUUCACGGAUGUUGUGAUUGGUGUGCAGGGGCGCGAGUUUCCGUGCCACCGCGCCAUGCUCUCUGCCUGCAGCGGCUACUUCAAGGCCAUGUUCUGCAACGACCACCGUGAGAGCCGGCAGACACUGGUGGAGAUCAGUGGCGUCCAGGCUGAUGCCAUGGAGGUCUUGUUGCAGUAUGUCUACACGGGCCGCGCCACCAUUACCACGCAAAAUGUGCAGUAUCUUUUUGAGACAUCCAGCCUCUUCCAGAUUGGAGCCCUGAGGGACGCCUGUGCCAAAUUCCUGGAGGACCAGCUGGAUCCAUGUAACUGCCUCGGCAUGCAGCGCUUCGCCGAGGUGCAUUCACUCAAGCAGCUGGCUGGACGCUGUCGAGGUUAUGCGCUGCAGUAUUUUCCAGAGGUGGCCCAGCAUGAGGAGUUCCUGGACUUGCGCAGGGAGGAGCUGGAGGAGUAUAUAGCGAGCGAGGAGCUGUGCGUGAGCAGGGAAGAGGUGGUGUUCGAGGCCGUCAUGAGGUGGGUCUACCACAGCGUGGAGUACCGUCGGCCAAUGCUGAAGGAGCUGCUCCAGCAUGUCCGACUGCCACUACUGCACCCCAACUACUUUGUACAGACGGUGGAGGGAGAUCAGCUGAUCCAGAAUGCUCCUGAGUGUUACCAACUGCUGCACGAGGCCCGACGCUACCAUGUGCUCGGCAAUGAGAUGGUGUCACCUCGGACCAGGCCACGCAGGUCGACAGGUUUUUCGGAGGUCAUCGUGGUGGUUGGAGGCUGUGAGAGGGCAGGAGGCUUUAACCUGCCCUACACAGAUUGUUAUGACCCUGUAACGGGGGAGUGGAAGUCGCUGGCCAAGCACCCAGAGUUCACAAAGUCGGAGUAUGGAGUGUGCGCCCUGCGCAACGACGUCCUCGUCUCAGGUGGACGCAUCAACAGUAGUUAUGUAUGGAUGUACAACUCUCAGCUGAACCUGUGGAUCAGGGUGGCAUCGCUCAACAAAGGCCGCUGGAGACACAAGAUGUCCGUUCUGCUUGGAAAGGCAUACGCAGUUGGAGGAUAUGAUGGUCAGAGUUCCCUCAGUAAUGUGGAAGUGUAUGACUCCUUCUCUAACCGCUGGACCGAGGUGGCUCCUCUAAAGGAGGCUGUGAGCUCUCCAGCUGUGGCCAGCUGUGCUGGGAGACUGUUCGUCAUCGGCGGAGAACCAGACGAGAACAGCUGCACAGAUAAGGUGCAGUGUUAUGACCCGGAGACAAACAGCUGGCUGCUGCGCUCUAACAUUCCCAUGUGUAAGCGCAACAUCACGGCCGUGUCUCUGAACAGCCUGGUGUACGUGUGUGGCGGCCUCACCAAGUGCAUCUACUGCUAUGACCCGGCACAGGAUUUCUGGAUGCCUGUGGUCAACACCUUCAGCAGACAGGAGUGCUGCGGCAUGUCAGUGUGUAACGGAAAGAUCUUCAUCCUGGGUGGGCGGGGCGAGAAUGGGGUGGCUUCUGACAGUAUCAUAUGCUAUGACCCUGCCUCCGGCAUACUGACGGGUGUUGCUGCCAUGCCCCGCCCCAUUUCCUGUCACGGCUGCAUCACUAUACACCGUUUCGACGAGAAGCUUCACCGGACCUGAGAGUGACACCCCAUAUACACACACGCUCUCUCUCAAACACACACACAUACACAGACACAAACACAGCGGGAUCUGUUAAAACACAGAACAAGUUACUUUUUUCGCACUGUUCUAUUAUAUGCAAGUCCUCUAUUUCUGUCCGACCUCUUACUUUUUUUGUCUUCCUUUAUUUUUCGUUGUUUUAACCCAAGACGUUUUGCCUUUAUCUUUUUUCUAUUCCAUUUUCACUCCCUCUCUUUCAGUUAGUUGUCAUGUUUUUCUCAUAUUCAUUACUGUAGUCUCAUCUGUCUGCCUCUCUCUCUCUCUCUCUCUCUGCCUAGUAAAAGAAUGUAAAACACACUACUUUAGAGAUCAUUACAUGCUGAGGCAUUGUGUGCAUUCCAGUCAUGUAACACAUAGCACCAUGCAUAACACUUUCAUAGUAUUUUGAGCUUCACACAGAACUCUACACAGAACAGGAGCAGUAACAGUCAUAUAUCAGCUUCUUGGCAAUUUCUUCUUAUGUUUUAAAUCUUUAAGUCCAUUCUUCUGACUUGUUUGUUAUUUAGUGUUAUAUUAUUACUCACCAUCACUUUUUCAUUUUUAUUAAUUAAUUCAGAAUCAUUUGUUUAUUUUAUUCAUUUAUAUUUGUAUUUAAUUCCAUUUGAAUCUUUUAUUAUUUGUAUUUUUUAAUGACAUUGUAUUUUGCAGUAUGUAAAAGUAACAUACCAUAUAGCCUAAGAUGAAUUUGCUUGACCAGUGUCAAAAUGUGUGAAUUUUAACACCUCUUUUAUUGACACUUGAUGUGUUUUCCCCGCUUCAAUUUUUUUUUUACACAUUUUCCUCUUGGUAAUAUUGAUUUUGAAACCUAUGUAGGUUUCUUCUUCUAGCUGGUAGACUUAAAAACGUUGCCACAGAGGACACAGUCCUUUGUUGAAACUGUAUUAACUGUGAUCAUGUGGCAAGCACAGAGAGACAGACCGUUCUGAAUCAGGUGGCGUAUUUGCUGUGAAACUUUUCAUUUUUGUUCUUUUUAUUUAAGUGUGUCUCGUGACUAUAACCAUUGUGCCUUUAUGUUUGUGUGCAUGUCUGUGUGUUUUACAGGAACCCCAAUCAUGCACUUAAUGUCAUGUUAAUGUGUGCGUCAUUGUUAGUGCUAUGAUAUCUUAAUGUAAAUACAUUGUUUUCUAUGUGUGUAUUUUUAUGUAUUAUAUUAUUAGCACGUUUUAUACUUCUGUUUGUACUGUAAGCCACUUUCCUUGCAUGUGCCAGACCUAAUUUUCAAGAACUCAAUUUUUUGAGAAUCAACACCCUUUUAUUUUAUUUAGAACUAUACUAAACGAUAUAACAGAGUUCAUACUAAGCAAACAAUGUGAACUCUCCUCUUUUUUUUUUUCUUUGUUUAUAUCACAUUUGUGGCAUUUUGGCAUUGCUGUUUGAAAAUAAUACCUCAAGCAGCUUUAACUUUCCUCACAGUCCCUGCAGUUUUAGAGAAAUGAGGUGACAAAGUUUUUGGUGGAUGUCAGGUUCUUUUUUUUAAUUAUUGGUUUCUUACAUUCAGACCUGCGUUUCUGCAUUUUCUUAGAGAACUAUAAUGAUAGUGAAUGCUUAAAAUCACAUAAUUACAUCUGAAAACUGAUCUUGUAAAAUGUCUAAAGUGAAAAUAGUCAUUGCCAAAGCCAAGUGUCAGUUUGAUUUAUCCAGAGUAAUCCCAGUACAUUCUUUCUCAUUCUUGGCAAAUGCUUUUGCCCCAUCUUUGCUGUAGCUCUAAGUGUGUGUGUGUGUGUGUGUGUGUGUGUGUGUGUGUGUGUGUGUGUGCGCGUGUGCGUGUGCGCGUGCAAAGUAAAAUACACAGAAUGUUGCUGAAAUUCUACUCAGAACUGAGUCAUUAGAUGGAUUGAUUAGAUGACUGGUUAGAACAUUUAAAUACUGAGGUAAUAACUGUGUGUUACUAAAUACAAGCAUUUGUUUAAUUGCUUGUUCUAUUUUGAUAUCAAGUUAGCAGUUUUUCCUCCAUGUAUCACAAAGCAUCAAGAAAAAUUCAUCUCUAUCUGAAAUUGGAUUCAGUGCAACAGAUUACAUGGUAGUGAGUAUAGUAAUAAUUAGCCUACAAUUAGUGUGGAAUUUUGAAUAAUCCUUUAUUUUAUAUACAUGCAGUACAUAUGAGUGUUUGUGUGGGAGAGAGAUGUGUUUCUGUAUUAUGCUUGCAAACCUGUUAGUAAACUCAAUAAAGCUUUUUUCUAAGAAUGCCAUCUAA